AUGGACAGAAAGCGUGGAAAAUAUGUAGUCAAUAUUGAACGCUCUGAAAACCAGCUUCCAAUCACGUGUUCAGAUGACCAACAGGCUCAUAGUUCUGCAUGCUGGCAUCCACCUUCAAGUGGUACAACUGGUCAUGUCUCGUCCAACCUAACUGGGGUCUAUGUGAGCCCAGCAGCCCUUGCACACUCAAGAAACCCACACACAGAAUUGUCCAGUACAGAGGCAAAAGGAAAUUGGUGUAAUGACUUGUCUCUGUGGAAAGUCUUUUUGGCUUGUCUCUUAGCCUGUGUGAUAACAACAGCAACUGGAGUACUCAUAAUAUGCCUGGUGAACAACAGAGAAAAUGACAGUUCUCCCAUUACUAACCAGCUACCUGCAAACAAUGAGGAGCCUAUACUUAGCAUUCCUGGAAUGACCUCUACUACUUCACAACCUGCAGGGACCACCACGUCAACUGAACCCGUAACUAAAACCACUACAACAGAAUCUACAGCCACUGCAACGUCUAUUGAACCUACAGCCACAACAGCCAUCACCAUCGCUUCCACUGAACCCAGAACCUCAACAGCCAUCACUAUCACUUCAACUGAGCCUACAACCUCGACAGCCACUGCCAUCACUUCCACAGAACCUACAACCACAGCAGCCAUCACCAUCGCUUCAACUGAACCUACAACCUCAACAGCCAUCACUAACACUUCAACUGAACCCACAACCUCAAUAGCCAUCACCAUUGCUUCAACUGAACCCACAACCUCAACAGCCAUCACUAACACUUCAACUGAACCCACAACCUCAACAGCCAUCACCAUUGCUUCAACUGAACCCACAACCUCAACAGCCAUCACUAUCACUUCAACUGAGCCUACAACCUCGACAGCCACCGCCAUCACUUCCACAGAACCUACAACCACAGCAGCCAUCACCAUUUCUUCAACUGAACCCACAACCUCAACAGCCAUCACUAACACUUCAAAUGAGCCUACAACCUUGACAGCCACCACUAUCACUUCCACAGAACCUACAACCACAAAAGCCAGUCACCAGUAAAACGAAACCCACAAAUGCAACAGCCCCACCAUCACCUCACCUGAACGUACAAUCACGAAAACUACAACCACCCCUUCAAGUGAAACCACAGCUGACCCCACUUGAACAGAAUCUAUAACUGUUUCAACUUCAAAAACAACAAAUGCUAUCAUAACUUAAUCUUAGCGGACAACCAACACAGUUACCACUUCCACCAUCUCUUCAACUGAACCCACAAAUCCUGUCAGCUGACUCUACAACCACUCCCACUCCCACUUUAUCUGCAACUACUGUGACUUCCACUUAGUUCACAAUGCCAAUGGUCAU